AAGAUGGAGGCUUCAGCUGGUCAAGGAACUGUUUUUGCACCAUCGUUGGAAGGAAUGAAGCAUGUCAGAUCCGAUAACGGAGAAAUACUCACUAAACCUUUCUUGGACGUCUGCAAAUUGAUUUUGCCUGUUAUUGAUAAGUUUGGAGCUGCUAUGGCCCUUGUAAAAUCUGAUAUCGGUGGUAACAUAACGAGAUUGGAAACCAAAUAUCUGUCAGAUCCAUCUAAAUACAACCAAUUUUACACUAUGGUUCAAGAGGAGGUUGAUGCUAAAACAGCAAAAGGAUCAUCAAGUUGUGCCAAUGGUCUUCUUUGGCUGACCAGAGCAAUGGAUUUCCUGGUGGAACUUUUCCGGAAUUUACUUACACAUCCAGAUUGGACAAUGUCACAAGCCUGUACAGAUUCCUAUGGCAAGACACUGAAAAAAUUUCAUGGCUGGCUUGCCAGUUCAAGUUUCACUAUUGCCAUGAAGCUUGCUCCAGAUAGGAAGAAGUUCAUGGAAGUAAUAGCUGGCACAGGCGAUGUUGCUGCUGACAUGGAGGAAUUUUGUACAACCUUUCCUCCAUUUCUUGAAGAGAAUCACAAGUUCCUGGCUAGUGUUGGUCUGGAUGAUAUGAAAGCUUCAUAAUUGAGGAGUUCCUUCUGAUGCCUGCCAGUGGUUUUGGUUCUUUUCUCCCUAUUGAUUUGGCUUCAAAAACUUUAGACGGGAGAAAUAAUUAGCCACUUCAAAAUUUACAGCUAUACAACUCUUCUAUUCAACCUUUUCUGUGUAACUUGUGUUAUGACAUGCUCACUCUUUUCUUUUA